UUCUGACCUGCAAGGAUGGUGGCUGUUGUCCCUCGAUCGCACUGCAAACGCCUCCUAUAAGAGUAGAUACAGUCUGUUUGUAUUCACAGUCGCCGCCUUAUCAUGGAGGAAUCGCCGGAAACGGUUAUCGACAAGAAUGCUGCGGAGUCGACCCAGACGAUGGCCUCGCCUCCAUCUCCAGAUGAGAUGCGCGCUUCCAAACGGUCGUCUCUCCCCGCUCGUCCCAACGGUGCUGCUCGACAUGCCAAGCGCAUGACCUUGAACUUCCCUAUCAAUGUUCCCCCGACUCCUACUCUGCGGUCCGACCAGAACUCGCCUUUCCCAGCUGUCAUGACGCCGGCAUCACAGUCCUCAGCCUAUUCGUCGCCUUCUCUCGCAGCAGCACCGACUCUGAUCGAUGACUCGACUGAUGGAUACGAUUUCCUGACCGCGAUCGCGUCGCAAGAGCGCAGGGUGCUCGAGCUCCGGGAGGAGCUCCAGCGUGCUGAGAACGACUUGGCAACUCUGAAGAAACAGUGGGCGUUGACGGAGAGGUCGAGGAAGCGGACACAGGCCAGCCUUCAGGCGGAGGUACUGAAGCCGUUGAAGUCUGAUACGUCUGCUGCUGGUGACCAGUCACCCAGCAUCGAUACUCAGAGCAUCGCCAGUCUCGACUCGCCAUCGGUGGCAUCGGUUGCAUCAAAGAGGCUCAGCCGCGAUCUCGCACUGCGAGAAAGCAUCCGUGCUUCUGGUGACGGAGGGACGUCCAUCUCUGCCAACGGAAGACGUGUCUUCCAUGGUUCCAGACAUACGCGCACACUCUCACUGCUGUCCCCGGAUCUGAACGGAAGUUUCCGGCAGACACGAGAUGCAGGGGAUGCUAAGAACGAUAAUAUCCGCGCUUCCAGGUCACCGCGGUCAGCUACUUUGCCGUCCAUGGACCGUAACCAUGAGUCUAGAAAGGACUUGGACGACUGGAAACCGAUAGAAGAGUCCUUGCAUCAAUGGCGGAGAUCGAUACCCCCAUCGUCACGCGAUGCACUGGUGCGAACCGGCAAGCAGAUGGCGUCCGAUCUCAGAGAAGGUCUCUGGACGUUCUUGGAGGAUAUUAGGCAGGCUACUGUGGGAGAAGAGGGUAUCAGCGCAACGGAAUCCAGAGGGAUAUCGACAACCAGACGCACCGAAAGGAGUAUCACCCCCAGGAGCGGAGAGAGGUCUACGAGUGGCGUAUCGAGGUCAUCGUCGUCUGCGUCGAAGGAUAAAGCGAGGGACGUGACUAAAUCUGGUAAAGACACUAAGCCGGCCGACAUUGGAGUGUCGUUUUGGAGUGAAUUCGGCAUUGAUACACCGGGGCAGACGUCCGCAAGCAGCAGCAGACUGGCAGAAAAUACCCCAAUCGCACAGAACGAACGAAGAGACUCGAACUCCCAAGACGUUGAAGACAGUUGGGAGGCGUGGGAUUCGCCGCAGUCAAAGAAGACGCAUACGCCCACCUCCAGCAGUUCUACGAUUCUCUCGAAGAGAGAUCAGUCUCCUAUCACUCAGGCCAGCAGUCCCAGAACCAACGCCAGCGUGGCUGAUUGGAACCCCAUCCAUCCCGACUCAGUGCCAAACCCGAGUAUAUCAGAAAGCAUCCCGUGGCCGGCUUUGGCCAAGCUGAACACCUCUAAACUCACCCGGACGGCAUCAAGCCUGAUGGCUGAAUGGGAACGCAGCCUUUCUUCUUCCCCGGAGCGGCGCCACAGCAAGCGGGACUCUUCGCUCUCGAGUAAAGGGAGCAAGAGUGAUUAGCUGCUGAGCAGCGGCUCUCUUCCCGAUUACGAUUCUCUUUUCGUAUGGUUCUUUUUCUCCCUUUCAACACGUUAUAUGCGCAAUGACCAACGACUCCCAUGCGGCUCCCGGACAGAGCAUGCUCAAACAAGGCUAGCGACCAAUGUCGAGCGGACCGACGCAG